AAUAGUAAUAUAAAUAAUACACGCUUUUAUAUGUUAUAAUUGUUAAGUUAAAAAUAAUAAUUUAGGUUUUUGUUAUAAGUAAUGUCGAUAACAACAUUGUAUUACUUACAAUUGAAAAAAGAAAAUGCUCAUGAAGAUUCAAUCUGGUGUUGCGCGUGGAGUCGCAUAAAAAAUGAAAAAAUAAAAGAAACUGAAGAAAACGCUGAACCAAAUGAACAUUCACAAGAGGAUGGAACUGAAGUGACCUAUGAUGACUACAUUAUCACUGGAGGCCUUGAUGAUUUAAUCAAAGUGUGGAAGUUAGAGGAUGGAAAGCUUGAAUUGAAACACCAACUUGAGGGUCAUUCACUUGGUGUGAUAUCAGUGGCCGUAAGCCCUGAUGGUAAAACUCUAGCUAGCAGUUCUCAGGACUCAUCUUUAAUAUUAUGGGAUAUUGUUAAUGGUGAAAAAUUAAAAACAUUAGAAACCGGACCUGCAGAUAUAUGGACUUUAGACUUCUCCCCCGAUGGAAAAAAUGUUAUUUCUGGUACAAAUUCAGGAAAAAUUUUAAUAUUGAAUAUUGAAAAUGGUAAUCAAGAACAAGUUUUAGAUACGAGAGGAAGAUUCACACUUAGUUUGGCUUAUAGUCCAGAUGGUAAAUACAUUGCAAGUGGAGCAUUGGAUGGUAUCAUAAAUAUAUUUGAUGUGGCUCAAAGUAAACUUGCGCACACCCUUGAAGGCCAUGCAAUGUCUAUCCGCAGCUUAUGCUUCUCUCCCGACUCACAAUUACUACUGACAGCUUCCGAUGAUGGGCAGAUGAAGAUUUAUGAUGUUGUUCAUGCUAAUUUAGCGGCAACUUUAUCAGGUCAUGCCUCAUGGGUAUUAUCUGUGGACUUUUCUCGAGAUGGUAAACGGUUUGUCUCUGGUAGCUCAGACAGAACUGUCAGAGUUUGGGAUUUAGAAACUAUGCAGUGCCAAAAUGUUUUCAAGGAGCAUACUGAUCAGGUUUGGGGAGUAAAGUUUAAUGCAGACAGCAAUAAAAUAGUUUCUGUAUCAGAAGAUAAAAGUAUAAAUAUUUAUGACUGUCCUUUAUAGUAAUGUUAAUAAAAAUG